AUGUCCUUUUGGCCAUCCUUUGUGGCUCUCUUCUUGGGCCUGACUUUGGCUAUUACUGAAGGUACCUUGUAUGGCGGUCACUCCCUGGGAUCACCCUGCCUUCCAGGUCAGCCUUGCACGCUAGCCUUUAUCUCCGACAACCCAGUGAUGCUGCGCUGUCCUCAUGGAUACUUCAGUGCCCACGUCUCUUGGCAAUAUCUCGAUCCACAGUGGAUAGACAGGCAGCCUGCUACCUUUUUGCAUGCAGGGAUCGCUCCCUUGCUUAGCCACGGCAAGUUGCGGAGGUUGCGGUCCAAAUCUCGACUAGUUGCCAACAACCUGUAUAUACCAAGACCCCAUGUAAAGGACUCUGGAUUGUAUACCUGUCGGGAAGGCGAUGCUACCAUUGCUUAUUAUGAGGUAGAUUUCCAGGAUGCUGGGCACCUCCAAGUCUCGCACGCUGGCCUUGGGGAGACAACUCUGGAAAAUGCUACAGCAGAGCUAGAAGAUGGGACCCUGGCUGAGCUGUUCACCGCAUGGAGUCCUUGGCAAGCUUGUGAUCACUGUGGUCAUUCUGGAGAAAGGAAGCGGGUGGGCUUUUGUUACGUCCGCAUGACAAAAAAGGAUGGUCAGGAAGAAAAGCCACUGCCAUGUGGGAUGGUCAGGAGGAAGCACCCACUGUUGCCACAACGGGGACCAGAACUGAGAAUGGAAACCUGCCACAUUCCCUGUGACGCAGCGCACAUGCUUUCCUUAAAUGAUUCCAGCGCUGUGUCAAGUAUGCUCUAUAGCACUUACCAUCUCCGACCCAACACGACUGCCUUCCUGCACUGCCCAGCAUCAUCCAUUUACAGCCCUGUCUACUGGCAAGAAGGUGAUACAUCGCUGACUCACCUUGAACUUCUCCAGAAGAACAGUUCACACAGCCUGGACAAAGCCACAGGUGGUGGGAUCCUACGUGUCUCCUUCCAGAAUGGCUCCCAUGGUGCUCUCUACCAGUGUUAUGUCAAUAGGCACCUAGUAGGCAAGUUUUGGGUUGCCUCCCAUGGUGCUAUGCUAUCUCGCAUGGAACUGCCUGAGUCGUAUUCUCUCGCUGUAUCAUUGAUAUUAGGCUUUGCAAUGUUUCUUGUCUUCCUGGUGUUCCUCAGUGUCAUUCAAUCCUGCAGGAAGAAACCAGCAAUUGCUGUGGUCUAGGAGGAGCACAUUAUGCUUUAUGAAUAUCCCAAGGAACAUGACAUGGUUUGCUGGCCAAUAAAGAUAUUAACUAUUAUUACAU